AGAGGGCACAUCAGUGUUUUCAUAUCAUAGCCAUUUUUUUUUCUCAUAACAUUUGAAGAAGAAAAAGGCCCCUCUGCUGAGGAAAAUGGCCGACGUUGAGAUGGACAUCGCGUCCACAAGAAUGAAUAAUGGCAACGAACACGUGAAGCAGGAUCUGGAGAGCCAGGAAAAAAGUGCAAAUGAGGACAGCGGAGAAAUGUCGGAGGAAGAAGAAGAAGAAGAGGAGGAGGAAGAGGAGGCAGAGGCCGAGGCUAACGGCCAGAAGACAGAAGAGGGGCCCAAACAUCACAGCAGCAGCGGCAAACAUAAGAGGAAAAAACACAAGCAUCGUAGUAAGCACAAAAAACACAAGCAUGCCUCUGACGAGGACAAGGACCGCAAACGCAAGCAUCGUCACAAACACAGGAAACACAAACGCAAAGAGGGCGCCUCUCCCUCUGCUGCCGCCCUCUUUGCCUCCUCCGGCCACAAAAAAGUUGAAUCCUCUCCCUCCUCUGGAAAUCCGAGUCUGGAUGACAGGGCCUUGCUGGAGGACUUGGAGAAACGGAGGGCCAUGAUCAAAGCCGAGCUGGACAGCCAGUUGAUGGAGGGCAAGGUCCAGUCAGGAAUGGGCCUUAUCCUCCAGGGAUAUAACUCUGGAUCUGAAGAAGACGGAGAUGGCAGGAUCAGAAAUGGAGAACAGCGUCAAAGGACCAGCUCAGGUAAACCCAUAUCUCCCAGAGGAGUGAAAGGAGGGAAAUCUAGACGGGACUCAACAGAGGGCAGUAAGACCAGCGCCAAGCGCCGCAGUCGGAGUAAGUCUGCAGAGAGGCUAGGACAGGCCAAGGAGUCCAAGCACGACAAGGUGACCAAAACCACCAAGGACACAGCUGGUAAAGACAGAGGCCGCGGCAGGAGCCGGUCGAAAGACAGAAAGCCCUCGGACAGCACUGAUAGGUCCAAGGACAGAGCCGGGAAGUCCAACUCCCCCACCACCACCUGGAGAGCAGAGCAGAAAGGCGGCCGCGCUGACAAACGUCCCUCUCCACAGCGGGACGACAGACCAAACCAGGAGAGACCGGGCCGCCGGUCCAGAUCACCUGGACGAGAACGACCAAGCCGCUCGGAUGCUGACCGGGACAAACGGCCAGCCAAGUCCCCGUCCAAGGAUGCGUCGUCGGGGAAGGAGAACCGCUCCCCCCACAGACGGGGGCCUCACAGCCCCAUGAGGAAACGCAGUGCUUCGCCUCGCCACAGAGAUGCCCACCACCCUCCGGCCGGCGCCAUGGACAGGACAACGAAACAGAGCCACUCUCCACCCAAAACCAGGUCUCCCCCCAGGAGACCGCGCAGCCGCUCACCAGACGUCAGGAGGAGGGAUGCUGACAGGCAGGACUCGCCAAUGAGGAAGCGCCUCCGGCCAGAUGCGGGGCCAGGCAGAGAUUGGUCACGUGACAACAGUCCAAGAUUAGGCGCUCGCCGCAGGAUGAGUCGUUCGCCUUUAAGACGGAGGUCGAUGUCACCACGACGACGCUCCCGGUCUUCCCCCCGCAGACGGAGCAGGUCUCCACUUGGACACAGGUCUGGGGAGAGAGACCGGUAUGGGCGGCUCAGACAGUACCGACGGUCAAUGUCCCGCGAUCGGGAUAGGAGAAGAAGACGCAGCAGAGAUGAGGACAAGUUCAAGGGAAGCCUUUCAGAGGGCAUGAAAGUGGACAAGGAGUCCUCAGAGGAAGAAGUGUUGGAGGACUUUGAUGGAGAGGAGGUCGAUGAAGAAGCUCUCAUUGAACAGCGCCGGCAGCAGCGUUUGGCCAUAGUCCAGAAAUACAAGGUUGUGAAUGACGACAGCAACAUGGUGUCGGAGCCCAGCAGCCCUCAGAGCAGCACGCGCAGCCGAUCACCCUCCCCCGACGACAUCCUGGAGCGAGUAGCCGCAGACGUCAAGGAGUACGAGCGCGAGAACCUGAACACCUUUGAGGCCAGCAUCAAAGCCAAGCACAACCUCAUCGCCCAGGAGAAAGACGGAGCCAACCCAAAGAAGCCUUCAGCCCCCGACAUGUUCACAGAGUCGGACGACAUGUUUGCUGCUGACUUUGAUAGUGCCAGGAUGAGAGCAGCAGGUGUAGGGAAGGACUUCAAGGAGAACCCCAACCUGAGGGACAACUGGACUGAUGCUGAGGGCUACUACCGGGUGAACAUCGGGGAGACACUAGACAAGCGCUACGACGUCUACGGCUACACCGGCCAGGGUGUCUUCAGCAACGUGAUCAGAGCCAGGGACACUGCCAGGGCCGGCCAGGAGGUGGCGGUCAAGAUCAUCCGAAACAAUGAGCUCAUGCAGAAGACCGGAUUGAAAGAGUUAGAAUUCCUCAAGAAGCUGAAUGACGCCGAUCCUGAUGACAAGUUCCACUGCCUUCGCCUCUUCAGGCACUUCUACCACAAGCAGCAUCUCUGCCUGGUAUUUGAGCCUCUCAGCAUGAAUUUGCGAGAGGUCUUGAAGAAAUACGGUAAAGACGUUGGGCUCCACAUCAAGGCCGUGCGCUCCUACAGUCAGCAGCUCUUUUUGGCUCUCAAGCUGCUGAAACGAUGCAACAUACUCCACGCCGACAUCAAGCCGGACAAUAUCCUGGUGAAUGAGUCAAAGACUAUUCUGAAGCUUUGUGACUUCGGUUCUGCGUCCCAUGUUGCUGACAACGACAUCACACCGUACCUGGUCAGCAGAUUCUACAGAGCUCCAGAGAUCAUCAUAGGAAAGCCGUACGACUAUGGGAUUGACAUGUGGUCUGUUGGCUGCACUUUAUUGGAGCUUUACACUGGCAAAAUCCUGUUUCCUGGAUCCUCCAACAAUCACAUGAUCAAACUAGCUAUGGACCUCAAGGGCAAGAUGCCCAACAAGAUGAUCCGUAAAGGCCUCUUCAAAGACCAGCACUUCGAUCAGAACCUGAACUUCCUCUACAUUGAAGUAGACAAAGUGACGGAAAGGGAGAAGGUGACGGUGAUGAGCACCAUCAACCCCACCAAAGACCUGCUGAUCGACAUGAUCGGAGGCCAGCGACUGCCCGAGGACCAGAGGAAGAAAGUGAUGCAGCUGAAGGACCUGCUGGACGGCACCCUGAUGCUGGACCCAGCCAAACGCAUCAGCAUCAACCAGGCUCUGCAGCACCCCUUUAUCCAGGAGAAGAUCUGAGUCCCUGAACGCCUCACACUCCCAGAGCAGACAGAAGAACCAACCACUAAACCAGCUCUGACAGGAACUGACUCUGCAGUGAAGCAGCCAACCCAACAGACAGGAUUCUUUUUUUUUCCUUUUUUUUUUCUUCUACCUUUAUUUUGUUUAUGAAUUCAUAAUUGUGUUUUAUUGUAAAUAGAUCAUUGAAAUGGUAGCCAUUUGUCCCCGUCCCCCCCUCCCCACGAUUUAUCAUUGUAAACUUCCCUUCAUACCCAACAAUGCAGUUAUGGACUUUUCUUUUUUUUUAUUUAACUGCCAUUGGAGUGACAGAUGUUUAAAAGAAAAAUAUAAUUCCUGUAAAUACUGUAUGUCAAUCACAAUAACCAUCUCGAGCAGCAGACAUUCGAGUCUUGUCGUAGUUGCAAAUGACUAAAUACAUCGGUUCUUUUUUUUAAACCACAGUUGUCAUUGUGGAGGCGAUGCAUGCUUUUGAAUGUGCACCCUUUUGUGCUCUAGAUUUCUGUGGUGCAGAACUGUGUAAAUGCUCUGUAUGUCCAUCAGUGUCCCACAUGUGACGUCAAACCCCCCCCCCGACCCCCCAACUCCUACCCAAGUCUUCAGGCCUUGAAGUCUGAAUUGAAGGAAUAGAUGCAUAUUAUGUACUCCUUGAACCAGAUUAUUAUUAUUAUUUUUGUUCAAAGCAGGUAGUAAUUGUUUUCUGUUGCUGGACAUUUCCAUAUUUUUUUACCUCCCCCCCCUCCAGCACUCUGGCUUGGUCCCGGCUCUCAAGGCUCUCACAUUCAAGUGCCUCCUGUAUGAGCCUCGGGUGUUACAACAACCCCAACCAUGUGGGCCCAUUGAAGCCACACCUGUGACCCUCCUCUCCCAUUGUUGUGUAUAUAGUCCAUAGUUACCGUCAUGUGUGAUUAAUUAUUUUUUUCCUCCCCCUCCCCCCCCAUUAAGUGGUAAAAAAUAAUUUGUGAUUUCAAUAAAGAAUAGUUGUGGAAACACUGCUGAAAGAGAACCUUCAGUAUAAGACAACUUUUUAGUAAUAAAAUGUUUCCUAUUGUAUACCAAAACCCCCUUUCUUCAUUUAAUCCCCAACAUGUCCUGUACAUCCUGUCACUGAUUCUUUAUUCUUCAUAAAAAAAAAAGUGUUUUAUAGGAA